UCUCUCUCUUUCUUUCUUUCUUUCUUUCUCACUCUCCAAGAAAAACAAUCACAAAAAUGUCAGUCAACCAUAACUCAAGAGACAUCCACCACAACACACUCUCAUUGCACCAUCACCACAACGACCAUAGAGAACCUUUGUUCGAGAAGUCACUCACACCAAGCGACGUCGGAAAGCUAAACCGUUUAGUCAUACCAAAACAACACGCCGAGAGACACUUCCCUCUCAAUAAUUACGCCGCCGGCGGCGACGACGAGGUCACGGCGGAGUCAACGGAGAAAGGAGUGCUUCUUAGCUUCGAGGACGAGUCAGGAAAGUGUUGGAAAUUCAGAUACUCGUAUUGGAACAGUAGUCAAAGCUACGUGUUGACUAAAGGAUGGAGUAGGUACGUUAAAGACAAGCACCUCAACGCAGGAGACGUUGUUUUAUUUCAACGGCACCGUUUUGAUAUUCAUAGACUCUUCAUUGGCUGGCGGAGACGCGGCGAGGCUUCUUCUUCUUCUCCCGCCGUGGCCCAAGAUGCUCGAGUUAACACGACGGCGUACUGGAACGGUUUGACUACACCUUAUCGUCAAGUACACGCGUCGAAUAGUUCUUACCCUAACAUUCACCAAGAGUGUUCACAUUAUGGCGCUGUCGCUGAGACACCGACGGUAGUUGCUGGGAGCUCGAGGACGGUGAGGCUAUUUGGAGUGAACCUAGAAUGUCACGGUGACGUUGUCGAGCCACCACCGUGUCCUGACGCCUACAACGGCCAACACAUUUACUAUUACUCAACUCCUCAUCCCAUGAAUAUCUCAUUUGCUGGAGAGGCAAUGGAGCAGGUAGGAGAUGGACGAGGUUGAUAAGCAUCCAAAAAGAAGUGACAACUUUAGUUUAACUUAAGAUUAUGAGCUCCUCCAUACUUGGCCCAAUUGUCAUAGAUAAACCACAAAAAAAGGAGGAUGAUUAAAUAAUUACCAGUGAUUUAGCUAUUUAUUUAGUUAUUUACUAUUCAGCUAACUUGAAAACAUAUAUGAAAAAACAAAGAGGAUAUUUUUCUCCUACAUUUGAGGCAG